AUGCUUCGGAAUGACGUUCGCCACUCGAAUGAAAUUUCGCUUGCCGAAUGUACGGAAGAUAACAAUGGUCGGCUACUUUAUCGAGGCACGCUAUAUGUACCAAAUGACAAUGACCUUCGGUUAAGGCUUUUAAAAGAACAUCAUGACCAACCAUCUGCAGGACAUCCGGGUAGAGCAAAGACAUUGGAACUUUUAAAUCGAGAAUAUUAUUGGCCACAAAUGCGAAAAUAUGUCGACCAGUAUGUUAGGAAUUGCAAUGUGUGUACCCGUAGCAAGGCACCACACAAUGCACCUUAUGGAGUACUCCGUCCUAUGCCGAUACCUGAGGGACCAUGGAUGGAUAUAUCAAUGGAUUUUGUUACUGAUCUCCUUGAGAGCGAUGGAUACAAUGCAAUCUUAGUUGUGGUGGAUAGAUUAACUAAAAUGCGACAUCUAAUACUAACGACCAAAGAGGUAAAUUCAAGGGAAGUAGCGAGGCUAUAUAUCGAUAACGUUUCGAAGCUACAUGGACUACCUAAUACCAUUGUAUCAGAUCGAGGAACACAAUUUGUUGCGGAGUUUUGGAAGUCGCUUUGUGAACGGUUGGAAAUAUCGCCAAAAUUCUCUACUGCAUUUCAUCCUCAGACCGACGGACAGAUGGAAAGAAUCAAUGCCGUAAUGGAACAAUACCUUCGAAGCUAUGUAUCUUAUCAACAGGACGAUUGGGCUCGAUUGUUAUCAAUGGCCGAGUUUGCGACAAACAAUCAUGCUUCGGAAACAACAAAGGUCUCUCCUUUUUAUGCCAAUUCGGGAAGAAAUCCAAGGAUGACUUUUGGCCCUUUGGAACAUGCUCGAACGACGGCGGAGGAUCAAGCGAACCGUAUUGCAAGAGAAAUGAAGGAGGUAGUGGAUUUUCUAAGAGAAGAGAUGUUUCGGGCGCAAAGGAUACAAGAAGAGUCAGCCAAUAAAAAUCGGACUCCAGCUCCUCGUUACCAUUUAGGAGAUAAGGUUUUCCUAUCGACACGCCAUAUUCUAACAAAGCGACCGUCCAAAAAAUUCGACUGGAAACGUAUUGGACCUUAUAACGUUGAGCGAAUUGUCAAUCCCUAUGCCUACGAGUUGGAACUUCCCCGGUCAAUGAAAAUUCAUCCAGUAUUUCACGUUUCGUUAUUGUCACCCGAAGCAAAUGAUCCUUUGCUAGGACAACAACAAUUGCCACCACCUCCGGUCGAAAUUGAAGGGGAGGAAGAAUGGGAAGUCGAAGAUAUUUUGGAUUCGAGGAAACGAAGGGGAAAGUUUGAGUAUUUGGUACGAUAUAGAGGAUAUGAUGAGGCCUCCUGGCAACCACUAUCGGACCUUGAGCAUUCACCUGAUAUCGUCAAGCGAUUCCACGAGCGUUAUCCAGGAAAGCCUAAGCCUACCAGGAGGUAG